CUUCUACCUCUAACACAAAAAACAGCCAAAAAAAAUGGCAUCGCAAACCAUUGAGACUUACCGACAAGGCGCCGAGGUCGUCCGUGGUGAUGCCGUCUGCAAGAAGAAGACCGUCGAGAUGCUGGAAGAGCUCGACCUCCCAAAGGGACUGUUCCCUCUAGAAGACAUGGAGGAGUUUGGUUACAACCGUGAGGCUGGGUUCGUGUGGCUAAUUCAAAAGAAGAAGAAGGAGCACACCUUCAAGAAGAUAAAGCAGGUGGUGUCGUAUGCGACCGAGGUGACGGCCUUUGUGGAGAAGGGCAAGCUGAAGAAGAUAACGGGGGUAAAGACGAAGGAGCUCCUGCUGUGGCUCACUGUGGUGGAAGUAUACAUCGCAGACCCUUCUAGUGGAAAAAUUACCUUCAAGACCGGCACAGGGCUGUCUGAUAGCUUUGCCGUGUCUGCUUUUGACCUCGGAGAGUAAGAUUUAAAUAUGGUGGAAGAUUAAAAUUUAGUAUCGCCGAGGCUUUAGAUGACGAAUACUCACUAUUAAUAACAAUUGGGCAAUAUGGUUUGCUCUCCGUCUUUUAAGUUAUGCGUAGUCGGUUUGGGUUUACAAGUUUCUCUAUCAGAUGUAAUGUUACCUUGGUCUUCAAUAAGAAUAUUACUCAAUAACUAAGGCUAAUAAA